AUGGGAAUAAGCUCACGAACUGACGCCGGAGUUCAUGCUUACCAGAACACACUGAACGUCGAUCUGACACAUCCCUUCCCUGACACCAUCUACAAGCCCUCUUUUAUCACGGAAUCGGUAAACCGCAUUCUAGCAAUGAAAAGCCACGAGAUUACAGUCUUAGAAACUCGACUAGUUCCAAGCUACUUUCACUCUCGCAUCAACGCCAAGUAUCGCUCUUACGUGUACAGAUUAGCUGUAGCAUCUGAUGGCGAUGAUGGUGAUCAGUCAACGGAUUCGGAAACUUCUACUUCUUCAAAUCAGUCCACCAAGGCAAAUUCACUAGACAUAAGCCUGGUCCGGCAGUGCACGGAGCUCUUCGUCGGCCGACACGACUUUGCCAACUUCUCCAGCGUGGAUAGCAACAACCGCGAGAAGGACACUGUGAAGACGUUGGAUCUGCUGCAGCUGCACCAGUGUCCGCCACCGCUGACCAGCUUUGAGCUGCAGACGGAGGCCUACUCGAGGCUGCGCUUCUACGAGCUGCACAUCAAGGCGAAGUCAUUUCUCUACAAUCAGGUGCGGCGGAUG